CAAGUGCUCAGUCUCUCGCGCACCGUCUCCGACUCACACCGCAGGGUGACAGCAGCACCGGGAGGAACACGCGCACGGCACGGCAUCGCACUCCGGCAGGAACGUCACAGGAAAACCCGCGCUGUAUCGGAGAGUCGGGAGAGCUGCAGCCUGCUCGCGAGCCCCACAGGUGUUACUCCACUCCACUAUGCGGCGCCUGCUGAUGGCAUCACUCCUGCUGUGUUUGCGACUGCUGGAGAGUAGCCAUGGAGACAGUAACCUGGGAGACCGCGAGUUUGCUCUGAGGCUGUACGCGUCGCUACGGGAGACCGAGAACUCGUCCAAUCUGCUUGUGUCGCCGGCCAGCGUCAGCCUGGGGCUCCGUCUGCUUAUGAUGGGCGCCCGCGGCAACACCCUCACUCAGCUGCAAAGCCUGCUGGGAUACCAGCACAACAAUCCUCAGCUGCCUGACUUCCUGUCUCAGCCCCAGGGGGACAUGGGAAAUUCCAGCCAGGGGGCGGAGCUUCAGCUGUCCAGCACGCUAUUGGUCCAGAGUGGGCUGCAGCUGCGGCCAGAGUUUACCCAGAAUGCACUAGGGUGGGGGAAUGGCACUCUGCUCCGCCUCAACUUCAGCAGGACCAAUCAGAGCCAAGGAGAUCAUUAUGGCAGCGGCGCUGACACGCUGCGUUGGCUGGAAGGUUCGGCAGGUGAGGCGGGUCCCGUUGCCCUGGUGACAGCGUUGGCAUUCCGGGGUGUGUGGCAGAAACAGUUCCUGUCCAGCGACACACACACUCUGCCCUUCAGUCUACCUGAUGGCACACACACCAAAGUGCCCAUGAUGUACCAGGCCACUGAGGUCAACUUCGGUCAGUUCCGUCUGAGCUCUGAGCAGCGCUACACGGUGCUGGAGUUGCCCUAUCACGGUCACGCUCUCAGCCUCAUGUUGGCGUUGCCAAGCGACCGCAAGACGCCGCUAUGGCAACUGGAGGCGGAGCUUUCAGCCCGUGCUGUGGAAUCAUGGGAAACCAGCCUCCGCCGCACCAAGAUGGAUGUCUUCCUGCCCAGGUUCAGCCUCCUCGGUCGGUUGGAUUUGAGGUCUGUUUUGACAUCUUUGGGAAUCUCUGAUGCAUUUGACCCAACAGCAGCAGAUUUCACAGGAAUGUCAGAUGAAGAGGGGCUGUAUGUAUCAGAGGUGCUGCAUCAGGCCAGUAUGGAGGUGACAGAAGAUGGAACCAAAGCAGCAGCAGCUACAGCCAUGAUGCUGCUGAAGCGUUCUCGUGCCCCCGUGUUCAAAGCUGACCGGCCCUUCCUCUUCCUCCUGCGACACCUGCACACAGGAUCCAUCCUCUUCAUGGGCCGCGUCCUAAAUCCGGCUGAGCACCCGCUAUGA